ACUGCUCUCGCUCAAUCUCGCACACGCACACGCUCACUCUCGCUCUCGCUCCAUCACUCUCGCUCUCGCCCACGCCCACGCCCACGCCCACGCCCACGCCCACGCCCACGCGCUUGCUCACACCCACGCUCGGUUAAUCAAUCACACGGACAAGAUCAUGGCGUCGAUGUCGCGGAGACUGGACUACGUCGAUGAAAAGUACGGCGAUGGCUCGUCUUUUGAAGGCACGGUGCUGCAGGCGACCGGCGAGCGCCACGGCCACGGCUUCCUGGAGAUGCGCAGCGGUGAGUCAUACGCUGGCACCUUUAAGCGGAACAAGUACCACGGCAUGGGCAAAUACGCCUACGCUGAUGGUGCUCGGUAUGUCGGCGAGUGGUCGCUCGGCGCGCCGCAUGGCCACGGCGUGCUGACUCUGCCCGAUGGCGGCCGCUACGAUGGCGAGUUUACCCAGGGCGCCCGCUGCGGCGAGGGAACCUUCCGUGCGGCCUCUGGCUCGGUCUACACCGGCACUUUUGCCGACGACGUGCCGUCGGGCCACGGCACCGCAACCUAUCCGGACGGCUCGGUCUACACCGGAUCGUGGCUCGCCGGUGCCAUGCACGGGCGCGGGACGUAUGUCUUUGCCGACGGCACGAUCUACAUUGGCGAGUUCGAGGCCGGCGUCAUGGCCGGUGAGGGAAAGACCCGCUACGCCUCAGACGACCGUGUUCACUCUGGCAGCUACGCAGCCAACAAGCCCAACGGUCGCGGAUCCAUCGCCUACAUCGACGGCCGCAAGUACGUCGGCGACGUCCGCGACGGUCGGCCUCACGGUCACGGCGUCUUCUACUGGCCAGACGGCGCUUCAUACGACGGUCAGUGGGCCGACGGCCUGCAGCACGGCGAGGGCGUCUUCGCUUCGGCGCUCGGCAAGUCGUACACCGUCCAAUGGUCGUCCGGCCGCGUCGUCCACGAUCCCAACCCGGGCUCGGACGCCUUCCGCUACGCUGCCGCUGUCGACGCGCACCUCUACUCGGCCCCGAUGCCCUCGACACCCGCCACCAAGCGCGUGCCUGGUACUCCGGCCAGCCAGAACUCUCCGUCGCGCCGCGAGAGCGAUGAUCGUGUCGUGCCCAGCAGUGCACCCGCCGCCGCCUCGCACCCGCCGCCGCCGUCUUCGCCUGCCGCCGCCGCCGCCUCACCGUCGCGCCGCCACGUCAGCUUUGCCUCACCGCAGCAGCAAGAAGAGACUCGCCCCAGCAGCAGCAGCGACGUCCAUCGGCAGAGCCCUUCACGCGCGCCGCCCCAGGCGCAGGAGCUCACGCCCCCCUGCCGCGCUGCGCUCGCCAAGUUUGCCGAGCGGCCCGGCAUCGCCGACGUCAUUCAUUCGUACGAUACCAGCGGCUCCGGUACGCUCACUUUUCCUCAGCUCCGCCAAGUCGCCCGCAAAAUGCAGGUCCGCCUCACCGGUGAAGAGUCGGACGCACUCCGCUCAGCCUUUGCCGUCUCAGACUCGACCAUCGACGCCAACGCCGUCGCCGCCGCCGUCGCCUCCAUCGUCGCUGCCCUUCAGUAAUAACCAGCGCAAGCCAC